UCAUCUUGACUGGCUGACAAACAUCAUUUCUCAAGAGUGGAAUCUAGCUGCUGAUGAGGCUUCACCACAAAGACGUGAGAAGCAACGAUGGGUUUGAGAGAAGCAGCGAGUUGCUUUGUCAUCUUCCUUCUCUCUGUGUCAGUGGUGCAGGGUGUGGAUGACUGGGGAGUGAGGUGCACUCCUACUCAGAUCUGUGCUGUAAAAGGAUCGAAGGUGCAAAUACGCUGCUCCUACUGGCACCCAUCCAGAAUAGAUGACCAUGAUGUUGCAGUGGAGAAAGAGUUCUGGUUUACUAAAGUGCAGGAUGGUCAACCUGUGGAUCUGAGAUCAGCCUCUGAGUACACAGGUCGUGUGAAGUAUGACUGUGGAAACAAGGCCUGCACUCUGACCAUCACAGACCUGAGAGACAGCGACUCUGAUGUGUACCAGUUCAGGUUCAUAACAAACCAACCUACUGGGAGUUUUACUGGUUCACCUGGAGUCUCCUUGUCUGUCACAGGUGUCCAGGUGCUCAACACAAAAUUAUCAGCUUGCUUGACGGAUUACUGUUCAUGGUCACGUGUGGAGUGUCAAACCAGUUGUUCUCCAACUCCCAGUCCGUCCUACAUCUGGUUCAAGAACGGACAAAAGACAUCGGGAGAAAAAUCUUAUAACGACUACUUUUAUUCAAGAGACAGUAUUUCCUGUGCUGUGAGAGGCCACGAGGAUUUCCCCUCUGCUCCAGUGUGUGUCGAUGGAAAUUCAUGCAACAGAGUGAAUUACACCGACAGGAACAUCUGUGCCUUUAAAGGCUCCUCAGUGGACAUCUCUUGCAGUUACAGCAGUCACUAUGAUCCUAUCACAUCUAAGUUCUGGUUGGUUGCUGAGCGUAAGGAUGUGCAGCUGUAUCGUCCUCAAGCUGUGGACUUACUCAAAGACCCAGAGUUCACAGAUCGUGUUCAGGUCCUUGAUCCAGAGCCAGGGCGCUCCACUCUGAGAAUAAUGAACCUGAGACUGAGCGAUUCAGCCCAGUAUCGCUUCACAUUCAAAUCACAGUGGUUUGAAUGGGAGAGCAGUUUCCCUGGCACAACUCUGACUGUCACAGAUCCAGAUGUUCAGGUGAACUGUUCUCCGAUUGGUCCAACACUGACUUGUCACAGCAGCUGUCUUCUCUCUGGUCGUCCCUCCUUUGUCUGGUUCAAGAAUGGAAGAGAAGUUCACGGGGAAAAGUCUCCAACUUUCAGGGGAUUCCUUCACCCUGAAAACAACUAUUCCUGUGCUUAUGAGCAUCACCACUCGUCCCCUGUGUAUGCUCCGAAGGUUCCUUUAGUGCAGCUGAGUCAACCUGGAGACAUUCUGAAGGACAGCUCGGUGUCUCUGACCUGCAGCAGUGAUGCUAACCCACCCCCUGCAUACACCUGGUACAAGGAGAACCAGACUUUGCUCAACAGAGCAGCUCAGCUGGUUUUCAGCUCCAUCCCGUUGUCUGACUCUGGAGAAUAUUACUGCACAGCUGAGAAUGCGCUGGGGAAGACAACGUCUAAACGUGUCUUAAUAAAUGUGAAAUAUGCUGUGUCAGUGAGUCCCUCUGGUGAGAUCAUGGAGGGCAGCUCGGUGACUCUGACCUGCAGCAGUGAUGCUAACCCAGCAGCUAACUACACCUGGUACAAGGAGAACCGAACUCUGCUUCAAGGACCAGAGGGUGUUUAUCGUCUCUCCUCCAUCAGCUCUGGGGACAGCGGGGUCUACUCCUGCAAGUCUGAGAAUCAGUACGGACGGAUCAACUCCACGUCUCUACACUUAGACGUCCAGUCGAUCUGUAGCGCCUACCAGAGGGGAGGAGUUGGAAAAGGUUGUUUCCAGGAAACAACGAGUUGCUUUAUCAUCUUCCUUCUUUCUGUGUCAGUGGUGCAGGGUGAGGAUGACUGGGGGGUGAGGUGCACUCCGACUCAGAUCUGUGCUGUAAAAGGAUCGAAGGUGCAAAUACGCUGCUCCUACUGGCACCCAUCCAGAAUAGAUGACCUUGAUGUUGCAGUGGAGAAAACGUUCUGGUUUACUAAAGUGCAGGAUAGUGAACCUGUGGAUCUGAGAUCAGCCUCUGAGUACACAGGUCGUGUGAAGUAUGACUAUGGAAACAAGGCCUGCACUCUGACCAUCACAGACCUGAGAGACAGCGACUCUGAUGUGUACCAGUUCAGGUUCACAACAAACCAACCUACUGGGAGUUUAACUGGUUCACCUGGAGUCACUCUGUCUAUCACAGGUGUCCAGGUGCUCACCACAAAAUUAUCAGCUUGCAAGACGUAUGACUGUUCAUGGUCACGUGUGGAGUGUCAAACCAGUUGUCCUCCAACUCCCAGUCCGUCCUACAUCUGGUUCAAGAACGGACAAAAGACAUCGGGAGAAAAAUCUUAUACAGCCUACUUUUAUUCAGCAGACAGUAUUUCCUGUGCUGUGAGAGGCCACGAGGAUUUCCCCUCUGCUCCAGUGUGUGUCCAUGGAAAUUCAUGCAACAGAGUGAAUUACAUCGACAGGAACAUCUGUGCCUUUAAAGGCUCCUCAGUGGACAUCUCUUGCAGUUACAACACUCACUCUAAUCCUAUCACAUCUAAGUCCUGGUUGGUUGCUGAGCGUAAGGAUGUGCAGCUGUAUCGUCCUCAAGCUGUGGACUUACUCAACGACCCAGAGUUCACAGCUCGUGUUCAGGUCCUUGAUCCAGAGCCAGGGCGCUCCACUCUGAGGAUAAUGAACCUGAGACUGAGCGAUUCAGCCCAGUAUCACUUCACAUUCAAAUCACAGACGUUUGAAUGGGAGAGAAGUUUCCCUGGCACAACUCUGACUGUCACAGAUGUUCAGGUGAUCUGUUCUCCGAUUGGUCCAACACUGACUUGUCACAGCAGCUGUCUUCUCUCUGGUCGUCCCUCCUUUGUCUGGUACAAGAAUGGAACAGAAGUUCACGGGGAAACGUCUCCAACUUUCAGGGGAUUCCUUCACCCUGAAAACAACUAUUCCUGUGCUUAUGAGCAUCACCACUCGUCCCCUGUGUAUGCUCCGAAGGUUCCUUUAGUGCAGCUGAGUCAACCUGGAGACAUUCUGAAGGACAGCUCGGUGUCUCUGACCUGCAGCAGUGAUGCUAACCCACCCCCUGCAUACACCUGGUACAAGGAGAACCAGGCUUUGCUCAACAGAGCAGCUCAGCUGGUUUUCAGAUCCAUCCCGUUGUCAGACUCUGGAGAAUAUUACUGCACAGCUGAGAAUGAGCUGGGGAAGACAACGUCUAAACGUGUCUUAAUAAAUGUGAAAUAUGCUCCACAGUCCUCCUCUGUGUCAGUGAGUCCCUCUGGUGAGAUCAUGGAGGGCAGCUCGGUGACUCUGACCUGCAGCAGUGAUGCUAACCCAGCAGCUAACUACACCUGGUACAAGGAGAACCGAACUCUGCUUCAAGGACCAGAGGGUGUUUAUCGUCUCUCCUCCAUCAGCUCUGGGGACAGCUGGGUCUACUCUUGCAAGUCUGAGAAUCAGUACGGACGGAUCAACUCCACGUCUCUACACUUAGACGUCCAGUGUGAGUAG